AUGGUCCCUCCAAAGGUCUUUUCGCUGGAAGGCAAAGGCCUCAAGCUCGACACCGCAGAGGAUGUUGAGGCCCAUAUCAAGCCUUUGUUGGAAGCUACAGAUUAUACGGAGAUUCGUCUGGGUGGAAAUACUUUUGGAGUGACCGCCUGUGAGCGAUUCGCUUCAGCCUUUUCCACGCAAAUGAAUCUGGAAGUGGCCGAGCUGGCCGACAUUUUCACCUCGCGUCUGAUCGAAGAGAUUCCCGAUGCUCUGACCCAUCUUCUGAAUGCCCUUCUUGCGAUUCCCUCCCUCCACACCGUCAACCUCUCCGACAACGCUUUCGGCAAACGGACCUCGAAGCCCCUCGUCGACUUCCUCUCGCGCCAUAUCCCUUUGCGCCACCUGAUUUUGAACAAUAACGGUAUGGGUCCCGAUGCCGGAGCGGAAAUUGCCGACGCACUCAAGGAGCUUGCAGAGCGCAAGGAGGAAGCACGCAAAGCGGGCAAGGAGGUCGCUUCCUUGGAGAGCAUCGUCUGUGGGCGGAACCGUCUGGAGAACGGCAGUAUGGCGGCCUGGGCACGUGCCUACGAGGUGCAUGCGGCAGGCAUCCGUUCCGUGAAGAUGACCCAGAAUGGUAUCCGUCAGGAGGGUAUCUCUCUGCUCCUGAGGGAGGGUCUUCGUCAUGCCGCCGGGCUGGAAGUACUCGACCUGCAGGACAAUACUUUCACCGUCACGGGAUCGACUGCCCUGGCCGAAGUGGUCCCUGGAUGGCCAUCCUUACGCGAACUCGGCGUUGGUGAUUGCCUGCUCUCCCCUCGCGGAGGUGUCAAACUUGCCCAGGCUCUGGCUGGGGCUAAGAACCAGAAACUGGAGACCCUGCGCCUGCAGUACAACGACAUCACUGCCGAAGGUGUCAAGCAGUUCCUCCACGCAACCAAGACUGCGUUGACGUCGCUGCGCCGCAUUGAACUGAAUGGGAACAAGUUCAUGGAAGACGACGAUGAUGUGACUGAGCUGCGGGAGGUUUUGGAGGCGCGCAAGGAAGAGCACGGCAAGGACGAUGAUCCGGAGGAUAUGUGGGGGGUGGACGAGCUGGACGAGCUCGAGGAAGAAAGCGAGGAAGAGGAGGAAGAAGAGGAGGCGGAGGAAGAGGAAGAGGCGAAGGAAGAAGAAGAGGAAGAGGAACAUAAAACAGAGAAGCUGCUCAAAGACACUGCGCUGUCCGAGAAUAAGACGGUCUCCCAAAAGAAGGACGCGAACGUGGAGAAACUGGCUGAAGCUCUGGAAAAGACUGCCCUGUAG